UAUGUUAUGGAAGGAUGUAGUUCUGGUGGAUGGGAAUACUUAAAUGUUUUUUGUAGGGACAAUUCUAACGCGCCAGUGGAUUGGUGGUACAUAUAUAAGCCGGCGCUAGGUUCUGAGCCGUUCCUGCAGAGUGGUAGUAACUUCUCCUACAUCACGUCGGAAAACGUGGGCAGGUGGGAGAUAUCGAAACGACGUAUCACUUCAGAUUCAAUGUUGCUCAACUCUGUGUCACCUAUAUUUAAGUCGAAGUAUCCAGAAUAUCUGGCAUUCGCCCUUUACGAGGAACGGUUAAGCACCGACCGCGCUCCAGGGUCGACCGGACAAGGUUUACUAAUGGCUGAUGAAACUGGCGGUGUCUGGAUAAGCCAUAACAUACCAACUUUUCCAGACCUUGGUAGAGACCGACCUACGUUCCCAGAAUCUGCAUCCUUGAACGGUCACCUUGCAAGUUGUUUGUCGUUAAAUUUGAAGACCCUAAAUGACAUUGCCGAAACCCUCGCGAAAACGUCUCCUCACUUUAAAACGGUGCACGUGCCGAAGGCCAUGGAACCGCUAGUCAAGUCUUGGUCACUCCUUCCUAAGAUGUCCGAUAAAUAUGCUGCGAGCGGUAAAUCCCAAGCAGCAAUAAACUUCACGACGCGAGGAAAGUCCCUGAACGCGCAUUUUACGAUUCGACCAAUCGGACUACAAAACGACAUCAUCAAGGAGUUCGCGUGUGGACAAGGCAUUAUUCUUGACAUCUAUGACCGCUCAAAACUGCCUCAUGAUUGUCAGGAGAAAAAAUGUGGAAUUCGUAACUUCGGUUCAAUUUCAUUAAAAUUUGCUGAUACUACGGUUGUCUACGUGGGCAACAAAUCAGACCAUUCCCGGUUCGGCGUCAGUACUGCCGCGCAUUGGCAGCAACGUGGUUCUAGCGACCAGCAAUACUGGGUAUGUUUAAGUAGUUUGGACAGAGCAGAUGUUUCUAGAAGAAGCGGGACCUUAUUUUGCGUUCAACACUACUACAUUUGGCUAAGUUUCGAUCAUCUAAAAGUUAAGGAGCCAGUGUGCUAGAGUUCGUGUGGCACAAGCACUACAGGAAACCAGUAUACGUAAUAUCGUAAAACAGGACUUUGUUUAAGUCAUUAUUUAAUCGUUCGACUCAUCACAUUGAAACUGUAAUAUAAUUACAUACAUUUAUGAAAAUGUAAUUCAGUCAAAUUAAGAAGAAUAUUAUUUUUUAUGAAAAAUUGUGACAAAGAAAUAAAAAAUAAACUAGCUCUUCUUGACAGUCGUCUUCACAAAUUCGCGAAUUCAUUUAUGGAGCAAUGUGUACGCUUCUAUAAUAAGAUUCCGGUUGAUAUUCAAAAUUUG